AUGCAGGCGCCAGUAGUGGUUAUGAACACCCAGACCCCGGGCGGGGAGCGACAAUUUGGUCGUAAAGCUCAGAUCUCGAACAUCACAGCAGCAAAGACGGUCGCAGACAUCAUCAGAUCAUGUCUUGGUCCCAAGGCUAUGUUGAAGAUGCUGCUCGACCCCAUGGGCGGCAUCGUCCUCACCAACGACGGUCACGCAAUCCUCCGAGAAAUCGAAGUCGCACACCCCGCAGCCAAGAGCAUGAUCGAACUGAGUCGGACACAAGACGAGGAAGUAGGCGACGGCACGACAACUGUCAUCAUAUUAGCUGGAGAGAUUCUCGCCCAAGCUCUGCCCCAGUUGGAGCGCAACAUCCAUCCCGUUGUCAUCAUCCAGGCUUUCAAGAAGGCUCUUGCGGAUGCUCUUGAGAUCAUCAGCGAGGUUGCAACAAACGUCAACAUCAACGACGACAAGGAGAUGUACAGGAUCAUCAACUCUUCAAUCGGCACAAAAUUCGUCUCGCGAUGGUCAGACCUGAUGUGCAGUCUUGCUCUCAAGGCCGUACGAACGGUUUCACUAGACAUUGGCUCGGACAAGAAGGAGGUCGACAUCAAGCGUUAUGCCCGUAUCGAGAAGAUCCCUGGAGGCGAGAUCGAGGACAGUGAAGUGCUGGAUGGUGUCAUGUUGAACAAGGAUAUCACACACCCCAAGAUGAGGCGGAGAAUCGAGAACCCGCGCGUCAUGCUGCUGGACUGCACGCUGGAGUACAAGAAAGGCGAGAGUCAGACGAACAUUGAGGUCAGCAAAGAGGAGGACUGGAACAGGAUAUUGCAGAUCGAAGAGGAACAAGUGAAGGCCAUGUGCGACGCCAUCAUUGCUCUCAAGCCUGACCUUGUCAUUACGGAGAAGGGCGUCAGUGAUCUAGCGCAACACUUCCUCGUCAAGGCUGACAUCACCGCCAUUCGUCGAGUCCGCAAGACCGAUAACAACCGUGUCGCGCGGGCGACUGGUGCCACAAUUGUCAACUCUCCGUUCGCCGCAACUGCUUCCGAUAUUGGUACUCAGUGCGGUCUCUUUGAGAUCUCAAAGAUCGGCGACGAAUACUUCACCUUCCUCACAAAGUGCAAAGACCCAAAGGCCUGCACAAUCUUGCUGAGAGGUCCCUCAAAAGACAUCCUAAACGAAAUCGAGCGAAAUUUGCACGACGCCAUGGGUGUUGCCAGGAACGUAAUAUGGAACCCCAAACUGUGCCCCGGAGGAGGUGCAACCGAGAUGGCAGUCGCGGUCGGACUGGAGAGAAGGGCAAAGCUGAUCGAGGGCGUUGCACAGUGGCCUUACAAGGCGGUCGCCGAGGCCAUGGAAGUCAUCCCACGCACAAUCAUCCAGAAUUCAGGAAACAGCCCUAUCAAGGUGCUCACCGAGCUACGCGCGAAGCACGCCGAAGGCUACGAGGACGGCAAGAACAGCGGCAGCUUCUGGGGCAUCGAUGGAGAUGCUGGCAAGGUCGUUGACAUGCGGACGUUCGGGGUUUGGGAGCCAUUGGCAGUCAAGGAGCAGAGUGUCAAGACUGCUAUCGAGAGCGCGUGUCUGCUGCUGAGAGUCGACGAUAUUGUCGCGGCGAAAUCGGCGAAACAAGCUGGUGGUGCUAUCGGUGGCGGAGGCGAUGACUAA